CUCUCACUGUGUCCCUUCCCCUUGUGGGUCUCGGUUUCCUCCUGUGGGCGGCCAGCCCUCCCUCUCGCCUGGCAGUGAGCGUGCCCCGCAUACUGGUCACAGUGUGUGCUGGGCUCGAGGAGUUACCACUUGCUGCCAUUGCCAUAGCUUGGGUGGGGGAAUGGGCUCAGCUGGUUCCAUGGAGCCCCUGGGCGUGACCCAGCUGUGUGCGUAGGCUUGGCAUGCAACCACGGGGCUGAAAGCGGGGGCCUGAGCUCUGUGUGGGCCCAGCUCCCUGCGGGACAGCGCUGCCUGCCGCCCCCCACCCUGUUCCUUGUAGAGCCCCCACCCGGCAGACCCCACCCUGCUCCCUGCAGGACCCCCCCCAUGGGAUAGUGCCCUCUGUGGGCCCCCAUCCUGCUCCCUAUGGGACAGUCUCUCUUGCGGGGCCCCCACCCGCUCCAUGCAGACUCCCCACCCUGCCCCCUGCAGGACAGUGCCCCCUGCGGGGCCCCCCAUCCUGCUCCCUGUAGGGCUCCCACUCUGCAGCACUGCACCCCCUGCAGACCUCCAUCCUGCUCCCUGCGGGGCCUGAGCCUACUCCCUACGGGACAGCCUCCCCUGAAGACCCCCUCCCCCCUCUUUUUUUUUGCGUGCCGGGCGCUGGGCCCCCGAGGACAGCCUGUUGGAUCCAGCACCUGUUCCUGCUCCUUGUGGGACAGCCUCCCCUGCGGGCCCCCCACCCUGUUCCCUGCAGGGUCCCAAACCUGCUCCCUGCACGACUGCGCCCCCUGCAGGCACCCACCCUGCUCCCUGCACGACUGCGCCCCCUGUGGGCCCCCCAUCCUGCUCCCUAGGGGGCUCCCAAACUGCAGCACUGCACCCUCUGCAGACCUCCACCCUGCUCCCUGUGGGACAGCCUCCCCUGCGGAGUCCCCACCCUGCUCCCUGCAGCCCAGCGCCCCCUAGCACCAUACUGGGGCUGUGAUGCCAGCACUGCCUGCUAGGGGAGAGCAUCCCCUACUGAGUCCCCACCCCAGUCCUUGCACCUCAGUGCCCCCUAUCUAGUGCCAUACUGGGAGUGUGGGACCAGCGCUGGCUGCCAGGGGACACUGACGGUUACGCUGCAUCAGGGCUGUGGCCCAUGGGCUGCUGCUGGUGGUGUUGGGAAAUGCUCCGUUUAGAGUAAAUAGCGGGUGAAGGGCCAGGGUGUGUUUCAGGAGCCAAGCUGCAGCCAGGCGCUGACACCAUCACAGGAGCUCAGGAAGUGCUGUCUGGGACCCAGGUGCAGGGCGUGGGGACCAGCUGGCUUAGUGGGGUGGGGAAUGGAAGAUGGGGCUGGGACACCGUCUGGUGUCUGUCCCCAGUGCGGGGGUCAGGGGCUGGGAACAGGGCAUGGGGCCUCUUCCUUCUAGGAGAUUGUUAUCUGGCCCAGUUUGUGACCAAACUUCCCAGCAUUGCCUGGCCAGUAACGAAGCUCGAGGUGUCCUGCGGCAGUGGGGGCAGCAUGGUGAUAUUAGUCUGGGAUGUGUGUGACUCGGUUUCCCCACUCACUGUGCAGGCUGCGUGUGAAGGGCUGAAUUUCUCCUGGAGGGAGCGGGGAAAGAAGGGUCACACAGGCAGCAAUGUACUAUCUAGAACUGUCCCCAUGUCACUGGAGGACAAAGGACCGGCCGGUAACUCAGCAACGGAGACCCCAUGGAGCCCGCUGGGUAGCUACCAGGCACAGGGCCAGGAGGUGGGAGCCAGCUGGGAUCCGAGGCUCUGGCUGCUCAGGGCCGGGGCAGCGAGGGGGAGGCUGGGUUUGGGAGCGGCAGGGCAGCCAGUGCCCCUCCCAGUUAACACUGACUUUAGGCCCCUUCAGCCCAGGUUGCGGGUGAGUAAAGGCGGUGGCUUGGUUUGCCAGGCUGGCCUUUGCCAUUGCAGAUACCUGCUGGUGGCAUCUCUCCCGAGGGCCUGCUGGGCAGCCAGGGGGAGAAAUGGGUGCUGUAUCCGGCGGGCUGUCCUCGGGGGCCCAGCGCUCGGCACACGAGAAGAGGGCACUGCUGCAGAGACGGCUGGCCACCCCUGUGAAUCCAGGCCGGGCAGCUGGUAGAGGUGGAGGGCUGACCAGGCCCUGGGAGGCUGUAUGUUUGAGGUCUCUCCAUCCUCACCCCGCUUGGGGCCCGGGAGAUGCUGAUCCACCACCGUCCAGCUUGGCACCAAACCCCUCAACAGUUGGAAAAUCCCCCCGGGCCAGGGCCUACUGGGUAUUAGAGAAGGAUAGGUGUGCAAUACAAGCAUAUCUAAGCUGCUAGGAAUGCAGCCGGUGACCGGGGAAGUGGUGGGGAAAAGUGCUCUUGGGAAAUGUUUACCCAAUAAAUUAUUUAAUGAUGGUGUAAUUAAGAUUGAAGGACGUGCGGGGGUGGGGGGGUGGCUCCCUGCUCCCGGGAGGUUAUUAUUCACUGCGGGGCUGGGAGGCGCUGGGGAAGGUGGCAGGAGCUGAGCAGGAGAGGGAGCGAGGAGCAGCAGAGAUACAGUGAAAGGAAGGGGGACGGGGGAAGGCAGAGGGGCAGGUGGAGUGAGGUAGACGGGAGGGGAGGAGGAUGCCCAGGGAACUGGGGACGGCCUGACCCAUCCCCGUGCAGCAGAGCAUCUCCCACUGAUUCCUGGGACUUGGAAGGGUCCCCGGCCAGGCCUGGGUUCGGCUGAGGGCCUGGCUUUGGCUGUGGCUGCCUAGGAUUAGGGUUAGGGUCAUCUGUGGUGGGGCUCUCCCUACCUUGGGACCGGUUAGGCGAGGGAGGACAGGAGAGUGCUGGGGCUAGCAGGGCAUUGUGGAGGAGGGUCUGUAGGGUGUGAGCCCAGAGUAACGCCCAGCUGUAUUGCACGACCCGGCCUUCCUGGCGCCUGAGCAGAUGGAGCCACUCCUGGUGGUGAAGAUCGGCUGCCUGGUGGCUCUGCUGUUCAUCACCCUCGUCUGUGGCCUCAUCCCGGCCCAGGUCAAGUGGUUCCAGAUCAAAGCGGCCAAAGGGUGGCACCGGCGCAUCCUGAGCUACAUUGGCUGCUUCGCAGCAGGGGUCUUCCUGGGGGCCUGCCUCAUGCACACAGCAGCCGACGCGCUGACAGACAUCCAGGGGGAGCUGGGCAAGCGGUUGCGGCAGGCUGUUGCUGGGCAGAACUUGACGGGGACACAGAACAACUCAUCUAGGGCCAGUGCCUGUGGGGCUGAGCUGGAUUACCCCUUCGCGGAGCUCGUCAUCUCCCUUGGCUUCUUCCUCGUCUUCCUCACCGAGAGCCUGGUGCUGCACUGCUGCCACUCGGCUCCACCGUCCCAUGGGGCCCCGGGCAAGGACCCUGCCUGCUCAGCCCCCAGUGUCCCCUCCGUCCCGCACUCCCAUGGGGUCCCGGUGCCUGGUGGCCCCUCACCUGGCUCCUUCCGGGCCCUGGUGCUCUUCAUCACUCUGUCGCUGCACUCACUCUUCGAGGGGCUGGCGGUGGGGGUGCAGCAGGGCGAGGCGGGGGCCCUCCAGCUCUGCCUGGCCGUGCUGGCCCACAAGGGCGUGAUCGCCUUCAGCCUGGGGCUGCAGCUGGUGCAAAGUGGCACCCGGCCCCGCUGGAGGCUGCUCUACCUGGGCAUCUUUGCCCUCAUGUCCCCCUCCGGCAUGGCCGUGGGCAUCGGGCUCUCGCUCUCGGGCGGAGCAGCCAGUGGGCUGGCCAUGGCCCUGCUGGAGGGGGAGAACAACACCUCAGUGACCGAAUUCAUCUUCCUCGGUCUCUCCAGCAACCCAGCAGAGCAACUCAUCCUCUUUGGGGUCUUCACAGCCAUCUACCUGGUGGCCCUGAUGGGCAACAUGCUCAUCUUACUGCUGGUCAGGCUGGACUCCCGGCUCCACACACCCAUGUACUUCUUUCUGGUCAACCUCUCGAUGGUGGACAUCGGCUACACCAGCUCCACCAUGCCCAAGAUGCUGGCCAAUUACCUGUCGCAGGACAAGUCCAUCUCAUGGGCCGGUGGCCUCUCCCAGAUGUUCUUCUUCAUCUCCUUUGGGGGGAUCGAGUGCCUGCUACUGGGGGUCAUGGCCUACGACUGCUACGUGGCCAUCUGUCACCCGCUACAAUACGGUGCGUUCAUGAGCUGGCUGGUGUGCGCCCUGCUGGCUGCAGCCGCCUGGGCCAUGGGCUUGACCAAUUCGGCCGUGCACUCAUCCCUGAAGUCCAUCCUGUCCUUCUGCCGGGGCAACAUCCUCCACCACUUCUUCUGCGACAUCCCCCCACUCUUCCAGCUCUCCUGCUCUGACACCCAGGCCAACCAGGCUGUCACCAUUGCUGUAGACGGUGCUAUCAUCUUCAGCUCCUUGCUGGGGACCCUGGCAUCCUAUGUGUACAUCACGCUGGCCAUCCUUAGGAUCUGCAUGAGGGAAGGGCGCCUCAAGGCCUUCUCCACCUGCCCCUCCCACCUGACCGUGGUCAGCCUCUACUUUGGCACAAUCCUCUUCACCUACCUCCGCCCCAACUCCACCUACUUGCAGGAGCAGGACCGGUCACUGCCCGUGCUCUAUGGCAUUGUCAUCCCCAUGCUCAACCCCAUCAUCUACAGCCUGAGGAACAAGGAUGUGAAAAGGGCGCUCCGAAAAGCCCUGGCUAGGAGCUAGGUAGGUGUUGUCUUC